AUGUUUAAUUUGGUUACCAGGGUUCAAUCUGCUGCCAAUCAAACGCUCACUUCAGCAAGUAUUUUGACAGGGAUUGUCAUUGUACUUACUUUACUUCAAUUGUUUAAAGAUAACGUCUGGGGAAUAGAUACUACGACAAUUUCAAAUAUUGAAUCCAAAUCAUCAAUAAAAUACUCAUUCCAAUAUGGUUCUAUAAAUCGAAAACCCAAAGAAAAUGUCAAGAUAGCAUUUGAUUUGAAUACGGACUUAACCAAAUUGUUCAAUUGGAAUACAAAACAAAUUUUUGUAUAUUUGACAGCGGAGUAUCCAGGUAAAUCUGAAGGAAGUUCAAAUAAAGUCACUUUUUGGGAUAAAAUAAUUCAAAACAAAGAAGACGCAAUAAUAAAUUUAAAGAACCAAAAAAGUAAAUACUCAGUAUGGGAUGUUGAAAAGGGAUUUAGAGGAAGAAAUGCCACCGUCAAACUAGAAUGGAAUAUUCAACCACACAUUGGUCCAUUAAUUUUCGGGGAAACAACUAACAUCGGCUCAUUUGAAUUUCCAAGAACCGGUAGCACGUAA